UCGCCGGGACGGAGCCUGCGCCGCUCCGUCCCGCCCUCGCCCGGGCCACACGCACCCGCCUUCGCCCCCUCGCACCGGAGCCGUCGGGGCCCCGGGAACGGCUGGCCGAGCACGGCGGGGAGCGGGCCCCCUCGCCCUUCACCUUCCCUCCCGCCGCGGAGGAUGAGGAGCCCCCACCGCCGAUUAAUAGAAAUAUGCAUUUCCAUAAUACCACCUUUGAACUAAUGAAGUGGAAGUACAGAUGAAAACAGUCUGGAGGAAACUUGAAGUACAGUACAGCUUCAUUCAGUUUCCUAAUUCUGAGGAAACAGAGUUGGUAAAGUUCAAAAAGCAUCUUUGCAGUCAAGCACCAAAUCUUGUAUUAGGCUUCACCAAACAGACGAAGCUUAACAUUGUCAAGCAGAAGGACCAGUCGCCCUGCUCAGGAAAGAUUAGAAGUGAACAAUGACUCGAUUGAGAGUUUAUGAGAGACUGCUUGGAGCCUAUCUGCUUAUCAUUCUCCAUGUUCAAGGUCAAAAUCCAGAAAGCAUGCUUCAUGGCACAGGAAUGAAAACAAAUCCUGAUCAAAAGAAACAAGGAAAUGGAGUAACACUUGCUCCAGAGGACACUUUACCUUUCCUUAAGUGCUACUGCUCAGGACAUUGUCCAGAUGAUGCUAUCAAUAACACAUGCAUAACUAAUGGGCAUUGCUUUGCUAUCGUUGAGGAAGAUGAACAUGGUGAACCUACACUUGCUUCUGGCUGCAUGAAAUAUGAGGGUUCAGACUUCCAGUGCAAGGACUCUCCUAAAGCACAGUUACGUCGAACAAUUGAAUGCUGUCGGACUGAUUUCUGCAAUCAGGAUUUACAACCAACUUUACCACCACUUGAUAGUACAGAUGGGCUGUUUGAUGGCAGCAUUCGUUGGAUGGCUGUGUUGAUUUCUAUGGCAGUCUGCAUAGUUGUCAUGGUCAUCUUACUUAGCUGCUUUUGUUACAAGCAUUACUGUAAGUCAAUGACAAAGAGACAUUGUUAUAACCGUGACCUUGAACAAGAUGAAGCAUUUAUUCCAGCUGGGGAGUCAUUAAAAGACCUUAUUGACCAGUCACAGAGUUCUGGGAGUGGAUCAGGACUACCGUUGUUGGUUCAACGCACUAUUGCCAAACAAAUUCAGAUGGUGAGGCAAGUUGGAAAGGGACGGUAUGGUGAAGUGUGGAUGGGCAAAUGGAGGGGUGAAAAAGUCGCAGUGAAAGUAUUUUUCACCACAGAAGAAGCCAGCUGGUUUCGAGAAACAGAGAUUUACCAAACCGUUCUAAUGCGUCAUGAAAACAUCCUUGGCUUCAUAGCUGCAGAUAUUAAAGGCACUGGCUCCUGGACACAGCUUUACUUGAUUACAGAUUAUCAUGAAAAUGGAUCGUUGUAUGAUUUCCUGAAAUGCACUACACUAGACAACAGGGCUCUCCUCAAACUGGCGUAUUCUGCUGCAUGUGGUUUGUGCCAUCUACACACAGAAAUUUAUGGGACACAAGGCAAGCCUGCUAUUGCACACAGAGACCUGAAGAGUAAAAACAUCUUGAUAAAGAAAAAUGGAACCUGCUGCAUUGCUGACUUGGGUCUUGCAGUCAAGUUUAACAGUGACACAAAUGAAGUUGAUGUUCCCUUGAAUACUCGAGUGGGAACAAAACGUUAUAUGGCUCCAGAGGUCCUAGAUGAAAGCCUGAAUAAAAACCAUUUCCAACCAUACAUCAUGGCUGACAUAUACAGUUUUGGACUGAUCAUUUGGGAAAUCGCUCGGCGCUGCGUCACAGGAGGUAUUGUUGAAGAGUAUCAGUUGCCAUAUUAUGAUGUGGUGCCAAAUGAUCCGUCCUAUGAGGACAUGAGAGAAGUGGUGUGUGUCAAACGCCUGCGCCCGGUAGUCUCAAAUAGGUGGAACAGUGAUGAAUGUUUAAGAGCAAUAUUGAAAUUAAUGUCUGAAUGCUGGGCUCAUAAUCCUGCCUCAAGACUCACUGCCUUGAGGAUCAAGAAGACACUUGCCAAGAUGGUGGAAUCACAAGAUGUAAAGAUUUGAUGUAGUAAAUUGACGUUGGAGAGCAAAGCUGGACUCGUAAUGCUUUUCACUCAAACGUGGGUGAGAGACCUAUGUGGAAAGAGGAAAUAACUGAGAUUCAGUAUAUUUUCUCAGCACACUUCUACAGGCUGCUAAUCAAAUCUUUCAGUACUUCAUGGACUGUGAUACUGAGAGCCUCUGUACACUACAUGCUACAUAUAUGGACAGCCUUGAUAAAAUACACAUUUUGGUUUUGUUUGAGCUGCAUUGAGACUUCAGUCAUACUUAGUGAGUCUCCAGUAAAACUCUGGGUACUGAAUUGAAUGUUCAGAUUACAGUGCUUUCUGUGAAAGCCUAACAAGCUAUAUGGAUUCAAUAGAGAUGGAGAAUAUAAGCUUUUUUUUGCCUUCUACCUGAUAAAACCUAGUCAAUCCAUACUAAGUUUUUUUGAAACAGCCUUUAGGUUAUGAAUUUGUUUGUGAUACUACUCGGUUUAACAGUUCCUUAUGCCUUUAUGUGUGUGCCAGGAUUUUUUUCUGUCAUAUGGAAUAGGUAAGAAACAAUUUAAAUGAACAAAGUUUUAUGGUCAGAGCUCCAUGUGUUUUGUGGCUCUGCAACCAGAUAUUUGCUACAGAAUUUACUCAUUGCCAUCAUCUUCCAAAAUCUCAGUUUUAACUUGCUCUCUGUUCUUGUUUUGGUCUCAAGGAGAACUGCAAAAAUGUGAACUGUUAAUAAAUUAAGGAACGCCUACAUAAGUCUGUAAAGAUCUUGAAACAAUCUCUCUUAGAGGGAUAGACUGUCUUGGUCAUCUCACUUACAGUCUAGCAGGCUUUGUAAUUGGAUGACUAUGAAAUCUGGCAUAUUUUUCACGAUGCCAAAUACAACCAGCAUUUUUGCUGUAGAAUACUUCACAUCUUAACAGAAAGACCGUGUUGAUAAGUUUGGUUUUUUUUCCCUUUCUAGUUUGAGACUCACUGGUGGGUAUCUGUCAUGCUCUGAACUUUUUCCCAUACAGGAGGGAAUGAGCUGCAGGAGCAUGCUUUUUCACCAUUUGUCAAAAUCAGCAGAAGAUAAGUUUUGAAAGGCUUGGCAAGAAGUCUGAUUUACAGACACAAAACCAGGAAGUCAGAAAGUGCAGGCUGGGCACUCAGAAGGCUAGAGAAUACAGUGAAGGUCAAGACCAGGAGAACUGAAUAAGUGAAGAUAAGAUCCACACAUGCAGAAGAUUUCAAGCUGGGUUGCUCUGAUGUAAACACAGGAGGCCACAUCUGUGGGCCACUUGGUGGACAGUUACAAGUUCAGCAUUUGAGAGAAGGUAAAUCAGUGGGUUAAGUUCUAGAUAAGCACAUUUGGGAGGAAAAGUAUUGAAAGAUAAUUUGUGUAGAUAAAGUUAGCAUAAUUGCAAAAUUUGAUCUUACUGUGCCAACUAUUUGGCAUGGAGAGGAAACUGUAGUUCCUUCCAUUCCUCCACUGAUCCAGACAAGUUGGUUAAAAAUCAGAACUCCUCCAUGAGGCUACUCGAAGCCUGAAUUACUGAUUAAUGACUCCUUUGGCACUUCUGCUUUGAAGUUAGAAAACAGUACCAUAACUCAAGUUGAAGCUUCAAAUGCAAGAACCACCUAGAGAAAUAAGAUACAGUAUUGGAACCAUUGAACCUAUUUGCUAAUUUAAGUGCCUAUAACUUUGUACUGUAAAUCUUAUCCUAGAUAACUUUAAAAAGGGAAGUUAUUUAUAUGCUGUGUUUUGUGCUGUAGGGGACAAAACUCAACACCUACACCUAGGUCCAUGUGUACGAUUACAUACAUGCACAUACACUCAAACAUGCCGUAGUCAGGAUCUGAAGAAAAAAGUUAUGAGUAAGAUUAAAAUUGAUUAAAGAAUGUUAAAAUUUCAGAUUGAUUUAUGUUGGAUUAUUUGUUGUCUUAAAAUAUGUACAUGGAGAUUUUUUUUCUUUGAUACAUGUUGAAAGAAAUACAACCGAUAGAGAAAGAAAAUGUAACACAGAACUAAUGUGAUUUGUGAACAAUUCCAACUUUCUAACGUGUUGGGGGGGUUUGUUUUAAUUCUGUAGUUCCCAUAAUGUAAAUGGUCAGGCAAAAGAUUGCAGUAUUUUUAUUUUCUAUUGUGCUGUACAGACUUUAUUUAACAGUUCUACGUUAUUUUAUAGAAAACUAGCUAUUUUGAGGGACGUUUCUUUAAGAAAAAAUAAAAAUCAUCACUUUGGUUCAGUAAAGCCUUUAAGUAUUAAUAUGUAUGCUGGCUGAGAAGUUCAUAGGUUUGUCAACUAAUGGUUUUAACUUAUUCUAAAACAGCAAGAGAGACGUGAUGUUGUGCUACCAUCCUCGUGAGAAAGGGCUUUUCAAAAACACAACAAACAAACAGUGUUUCUCCGUCCAUUGCCAAGAAAUGCAGAAUGAAUUUGAAGCUGUCUAUCAUGCCUUUACACCUGCUUUUUGCACAGGUAGCUGGAAAUGAUUUCAUGAACCAAAAAUAAAAGGAAUAAGCCACCUUUUUUAAUCAUUUUUCAGGAUUUCUAUCAAUAAGGAAAAGUUUAUGUAAGUACCCUGCUAGCUUAAACUUUCAGAUCAACAAAUUCUAUUUAAAUUAACCCAAUUCCUAAUUAGGAUACUUUCUUCAUUUUCUUUUACAAUUUGCCACACUGGAGAUUUUUUUUUAAUGAAUUCUUUUUCCAAGUCUUUGGAAGGCCACUGCUGGAAGUGUGAACUCCAGUAAUUUCUAAUUAUUUGCUUAUUUUCUGCACCGUUGUUUAGGCAUUUACAAGGCAGUAUGAUCCUGUUCUUUGGUAGGCAUCCAAAGACCUUAAUUGAUGUAUAGGUUUACUUGAACACAGAAUGUUAAUAAAUGAGCAAAAGUGAGCUUUGAGAGAAUAAAGAAUAUUUUUUUUUGCCUUUCAGCACUUCAGUUGCUAGGUUCAUACUCAAACAUAUGUUUAUGCAGGAGCUGCUCGAUCUUCAGCAUUCCUUGAUUCCCUGAUACUCCAAAAACUGUUGUUGCUAAAGUAUCUGGUUGCGCGAAGCACUUGAGCACAUACCUACAUUCCAAGCAAACUCAUUCACUGUUUGGAGCCCAGGUAUGUCUGAUAUGUUAAAAAUCAUUUGGAAAAAAAACACCAACCUUCACUCAAAGCUAGCCUACUAAUUUUUGCAUAAUUAAGCAUGUUUAGUGCAGGCUCCAAAGCAAUGAUGUUGCUUUAUUGCAAUACUGUAGAGCCCAGAAGCCUUUAAGAUCAGGGACAGUAAUAGGAUUCUUCUGGUGUUAUUAGCUGCAUUCUUCAAACUAACACAGUUGGUCAAAAUUCAAAGCAUUUGCCAUCAGAAAAAGUAUCCCCUAAAUCUAGGAAUGUUUUUCUUCUUCAAAAAAAAAAAAAAGGAAAUAUUUUGUGACUGUCAAGACUGUGCCUUGGAAGUUCUUAAUUUUUUUUUCAUGUUUACUUAACCUGCUCUGCAUUAUUUUAUUUAGGUGGAAAAUAAUUUGAGCCACAUAUAUACCUUUUAAUUGAAAAGAACAUUUUUGUGGUUUUAUGAUUAACUUAGAAAUUCCAUGAGAAACAUGCUACUUCUGCAGAAAGAAAAUGUAGGCUUAGAUUUUUGAGUUUAUUAUGAGUUUUCCUCAAGAAUCUGACAGUUUUCCCAAUAUCCAUCACCUUUUUCCGAAUUAUUUUCUUAGUCUAUUUUGAGGUACUGAAUAAAAUGUAAAAUUCAGAUUUUUAACUUACCUCCAUAGUAAUCUAGAAUCAAAUUUUAGAUCUUGAUCUAAAGGACCGUUUGAAUGUGUGUUUAUAAAGCAAAUAAGUUGGAUACAUUUUAUCUGCUCUGGUCUUCACAGGCAGUAUUUUGUCAGUGUAAAAUGGUUGAAAAGCAAAGAGAAGAAGCUAGAAAGGGAAGUUAUGUGCUCAUCUUCUGUCAAAUACUAGAACGAUUUAGAAAUCCCAUGUUUGGCUGACAGUGACACUGAAUCAUGGAAUGGUUUGGGUUGGAUGGUACUUUAAAAAUCAUCUAGUUCCAACCUCCCUGCCAUGGGCAGGAACUCCUUUCCCUAGAUCAGGUUGCUCAAGGCCCCACCCAACCUGGUCUUGAAGUCAAAUGUCCUUUCCUGUGCCCACAGUUUUUAUUCCAAGUACAGGUGAUGUCUAAAAAUGUCUGUCAAUGUUGCACAAUACAAUGCUUUAUGGAGCCACAGUGUGUUAGCCUUGGCUGGUACAGCAGAAGUGGAGUGCACAUUGCUUCUAAUGGUUGAACAAAUAUCAUGUCAUUGUUACUUUGUAAUAUUUUGCUGUUGGAUGCAAUUAUAGAAGCCCACGUCAUGUAGUGACUUUUGUGCUCGGACAUGCCAUGCCCAAAAUGAAAUGUACUAUAUUGUAUACAAGAAGAAUAAAUAACCUUGUAGUUAACCUAGAGAAGAUGUAAAUAAAAUACGAAAGAAGAGUGGAACUAGACAUAUGGUCACACUCUGAACGUGUGUUAUAUGCCAGAAGUGUAGAAUACUCCCUUAAAAAUGUAACACACUAAUGUAUUUUGUACAGCAUCUGCUUUAGAAGGUGCCUUAUUGAGUUUACCAUGAAUUGCUUGUUCUGUACACAGACUAUGUCCAAUGUAUCGUUUUUAAGUAAAUAACCUUAUUUUAGUA